GUCACAUGACUGAUAUAUAUUUAUGAGUGAAUAUAUAUAUAUAUAUGUAUUGCGUCUCUAGUGUACCGUCUGAAGUGGCACCGGGGACAUAAGUACAAUAAUUGAAGCAAACUUAAGAAAUUUACAGCGAUGGAGACGACCAUUCCUGCACCCCACGAAGGUUACUUUGGCCCCCCUUACGGAAGCCACGAGCAGUGGCAAAACAGAGCAUACAACAUUGUCGAGGAACACUUAGGAAAGGAAGAUUUCGAGAGAAGAUUAGCCAAGCAGUUUCAGGACGGUUACAAUACUCCGACUUGGUUGAGCGGUUUGAAGUUGUCAUGGAAGUCUACCAAGAUCAGGAACCUUUUUGGUCUAGAUUCCAUAAAGGGGAACGGAUCAUUCACCUAUCAUUCUAGCGUUGGAGGAGCGGGGUUCGCUGUUUUAUCCGAGAAUCUCAAUAUACCAGAAAACGAUUUCUUCAAACCGGGAAAAGUGUUCCCCAUACGCAUGCGCCAUGCAAAUCUGUUCACAGACGACGAUGCAAGUUGCGACUUUCGCUUGGCAAGUUUGAAGUUUGCUGAUGAGGACGGCGGAGGGCCUCUUGAUUUGAUUUUCUCAACAGGUCGAAUGCCUUUAUUCUACAACUUGGCCGAAUUAGAAAAGCUGGACGGAGCUCUAGGAAAACAAGAGGACGGGUUUAGGAAAUGGUUGUUUGAGCGUCCCAUCAAUUAUUGGGCAGCUGUGGACGGUAUGAGACGCGCACCGACUUCAUAUUCAUCCCAGGUUUAUUACAACCACUUCACCUAUCACAUGACGUUUUCUGACGAAAGCACCGAAUUGGUUCGGUUUCGACUGGUUCCCGCCGCGGAUGUUUCAGAAAGUGGGCUUCUUAACGAACAGCAGCAAAAGCAAGCUUGGGUCAGAGAAAGACAUUCAGAUAUUGGUAAUCGUGAGAGCUACCUGAGUGAGGAAUACGAGUCUCAGGUUGAGAAGCACGGUGCUGUGAGGUGGAUUCUACAGGUACAGCUACAUGAUGUGACCGAGCUUUCCGGCUACAACCCAUGUGAGCUAUGGGACCCCGUAACCCAUCCAUGGCGCAAUGUGGCGGACGUCUUUGUAACAGGAAUUCUCCCUGCUCAAUUCACCGACAAGAUGGACUUCAACAUAGACAACAGGCCCGAUAUCCUCUCAUUUCCUGAGGCGAAAUCUGUUUUUGAUUUCAAGUCCGCCAACAAAGCACUUCAAAUUAUGUAUGAAUGUCACCAGACACGGAUGCAGCGUCGACAAGUUCUUCAAGACCCUGAGGAGAAAGUUUCCUCCUAUGUUAUCACGUUGGAGUCGGGACAACAGAGCCGUUCCGGUACCCUUUCGUCAGUACAGGUAACACUGCAAGGUAAAACCAGACGCACAGGCCGACACACACUGAGCAACGUUUACCUGACGUCAGGACUUCAUGUGCACCUUGUCAAAGACCGGUCGAUAGGCAACUUGAUUGCAAUACAAGUUGACAUCCGUCAUCGGUUGUCCAGUGAUUGGUACCUCAACCGACUUUUAGUGACUUGCUUGGAAAGGAACGAAACUUAUGUUUUUCCUUGCUUUGCUUGGUUCACUGACGAUAACAAAACCAUGGUUCUAAGACCAGAUCCGGCAGUGUCUCUGCCUCAGAUGGAACAAUACACCAAGCUUGCGGUAGUGCGCAAGUGGGAGCUUCAGAAGAAGAAAGAGCAGUAUCGCUGGGCAGAUUCAAAGACCGUGGUCAAAACUCAGGUUGAAGGGCACAAUGAAGACAACCUCCCAGGGCGGAUCGCUGUGAAAGAAAUGAAACAUCUGCCUAGAGAUGCCCAAAUACCUGAGGAACGUAUAAAACACUUCUGGCACAACCUGAACGCUGGGUUCCUCAACCUCCAACUGGGGCGCCUGGCAUCUCUGAUUAGUGAAUGGAAGCACACUGACGACUUUAAAACCAUGGUGAAUAGGCUUUUGGAGAAGACUGAUACCAUGGACUAUGUUAUGGAGCAUUGGACUGAAGAUAAAGAAUUUGGGCGGCAGAUGUUGGAUGGAACGUAUCCAACGCUCAUUCGUCGGCUGGCAAGUCUUCCACCUAACUUCGUUGUGCCAGAUGACGCUCUUGUUGGUGUACUUGAUAGGGGACGCACUUUGGGAGAAGAAAUCCAGGAAGGGACUAUCUUCAUGGUGGAGUAUCCAGACCUGCAAACAGUGCUGCGUUAUCCAGACCGUUACGUAGCAGAAGCCACCUGCCUCCUGUACGUACGCUCUGACGGAGCUUUGGUUCCAAUCGCAAUACGUCUUCAACAGUCCUCCGACAGCCAUGAGCUGAUUUGGACCCCCAACGACAGCCCGAUGGACUGGCUGUGUGCCAAAAUUUGGGUGAAGUGCGCCCACUACCAGUACCAUCAAAUUGUUGGCAGGAUGAUGUGCAGGUUAAUGUUGGAACCAAUUGCGGUGGCAUUGAACCGUUGCUUGUCUGUGGCUCACCCCGUGUAUCAGCUACUGCAGUCCCAUCUUAAGACCGCCAUUGGAAUCAAUGUGAUGGAUCGCCAGGUCUUUGGAGCGGGGUACAAUGAAUUUCUAGCAAUUGCUGACGGGGGACACAUCGCCCUGUUAAAGAAAACCUACAAGAAAUUCACCUUCAAGAUUUUGAACCUGCCGCUGGAUCUGGAGACCCGUGGUGUUGACGACCCAGCAGUUCUACCCAAUUAUCACUACCGCGACGAUGCGUUGGCCCUCUGGCAGGUAAUCCGGCAGUUUGUAGAAAAGAUGAUCUCACUUUUCUACCACUGCGACUCAGACGUCGCUGGGGAUGAAGAAAUCCAAGCUUGGAUCGACGAAUGCCAUUCUAAGGGAUUCCUCAACUGGGAAGAGAACAUCGACCACGGGUUUCCCGACAAGAUCAGCAGCUUGGAAGAGUUAUCUGAGAUACUGACCAGUGUGAUCUUUACGGCAACUGGUCAGUAUGCAGCUCUCAAUUAUUCACAGUAUGAUUACAAUACGUUUGCUCCCAAUAUGCCUUCCACAAUGAACAGACCACCACCUAAAGAAAAGGGCGUCGUCACCAUGAAGUCGAUCGUAGAAAUGUUGCCAACCAGACGACAGACCGCGUUCUCCAUUGCUGUUGCGUACGCGAUGUCUCGGCACGAAGGGGGCGAAGUGCUGCUUGGGAAUUAUCCAGAGUACAGUUUCACCGAGCCUGGGCCGAGAAAGGCAGUGGACAAUUUCCAGGGGGAUUUGAAGAAGUUAUCCAGUGCUAUUCAUGUACGCAACAGAAAACUUGCGGUUCCGUAUCGCACUCUCUUGCCUGAGAAAAUCCCCCAUUUCAUUGCCAUAUGAUGAGUCUAAGGCCGUUUUGUAUAACUUCAUACUCGGAGCCCCGAGGUUUCAUGAGGUUUAAGAGGCGGUUCUCCUCCUUAUUCUUCCCAACGUCACUUUAAUGACCUAGCGCACGUGAUGUGUGUGACAGUUCAGAAUGAGCAAGAUAAAUACACAGAUUCCAACGCUCCAACUACACUUUAUCAAGUUUAGAUGCCUAGUACUGGAACUUUUUUAACCUACGGUGAUACGAAUGAUAUUCAAGGGUUUCAAAAACCCACGUCAGCAAGUUUAUACAACUUUGCUCAAUAUAUUUUGUAUAUUUAUAUGGCGAAGGGUUUGUAAAAGUAGCAGCAGUAGCGGGGAAGGUGCACAUGCUUUUAGCUUUUAGGGGACUGGUGAUGGUUUUUUUCAUCCUUUUAAGUCUGUUCGAGGGAGACCUACUUUUCCUUUUAAAUAGAGAAAAUACCAGCCCCUGCCAAAAUAAUGUCUACUAAGUGCGCCACAAUAAAAAAAUCCAAUGUGUAAAAAAGCAAUUAUUUACUGG